AUGUUCGGGAUUUUGGAGGCGGCUGCGGUCCCUCACUCGGGCAUCUUCAAUACCUAUGAAGACCUGAUGCUCGAUCUCAACAGGCGCAUGGAAAGGGAAGGCUACAAAAUUGUCAAGGCGAGAUCCCAUCGUAACAAGAUCGGCGGCGGUGAUGUGGCCGGGAACGAGAUAGUUCGCUGCGAUCUGGUGUGUGACCGCGGAGGACGACCGUACAAAUCUACAGCUACCAAACACAAGACGCACACCAAGAAGACGGGUUGCCCGUGGAAGGCAAAGGCCGUGAAUCGCAAAUCAGUUGGCGGCUGGGUUCUGACCGUAUUCUGCAACGAACACAAUCACGAGGCCGGAACACCUGAACCUCCCAGCGUACCAGAGGCUUGCGAAGAGGAUGGUACCGAUGCGGACAAUGAAGACGAAAUUCAUGCCGGACCAAGACCAGACCCCGAGACUUCGGCGGCCCUUCGAGUCGCGGGAGUAUCGGACAGCACUUUGCGCCUAACUGGAGACACAUUCCAUCACCUCAAGACGGAUUACCGAAAGAUGACACAAGGAGACCGUCUUAAUGCCCUGGCACAGCUGCAACUGCGAAUAGCAGCGCUUUAUGCUGUCCAGAAUGAAGAUAUGCAGAGGCAGAGACGGCAAGAAGAUCAGCAUCAGCGUCAUCGGGCCGUCGACGCCAGCAGGAACACUCUAUCCGCGCAGAAAUACCGUGCGCGAAGACACCCGAGAACCCAAGAUGAGCAGCAGAAACAGGCAACUAAUCUCCCAGUAGAGCCCGAACUGUCGUUGACCGAGGACCUCGUGCACAUAGGUCCCAACCACACUCCAGAUGCGUUAAUGCAGGGGCCACAUUUCCAACUGACCGUCCCUGGCAGUGCAAUGGACAGUGUCGAGAUGCCACAAUAUCACGGAUCCUCCAAGAGGAUGAGGCCAUACCGAACCCAAGGCACAUGA